UCUGUCUCCAAAGUACUGGGAUUACAGGUUGGCAACAGAGAUGAUUCCAAUCCUUAUAUAAAUGUGAAGCUGAAGGCUGCUGAAGAGAUUGGGAUCAAAGCCACUCACAUUAAAUUACCAAGAUCAUGCACAGAGUCUGAGGUGUUAAAGUAUGUCACCUCCUUGAAUGAAGACUCCACUGUCCACGGAUUCAUAGUGCAGCUACCUUUAGAUUCAGAGAAUCUGAUUAAUACUGAGGCAGCCAUCAAUGCUAUUGCUCCUGAAAAGGAUGUGGAUGGAUUGACUAGUGUCAGCACUGGAAAACUUGCCAGAGGUGAUCUCAAUGAAUGCUUCAUUCCUUGUACACCUAAAGGAUGCUUGGAACUCAUAAAAAAGACAAGGGUGCAGAUUGCUGGAAUGCACACAGUGGUGGUCGGGCGCAGUAAAAUAGUUGGUGCACCAAUGCAUGACCUGCUUCUGUGGAACAAUGCCACAGUGACCACCUGCCACUCCAAGACUGCCAAUCUGGACAAGGAGGUAAAUAAAGGAGACAUCCUGGUGGUCGCAACAGGAAAGCCUGAGAUGGUGAAAGGGGACUGGAUCAAACCUGGGGCUGUCGUCAUAGACUGUGGGAUUAAUUAUGUUCCGGAUGAUUCAAAGCCAAAUGGAAAGAAAGUUGUGGGUGACGUGGCAUAUGAUGAGGCCAAAGAGAGGGCAAGCUUUAUCACACCUGUCCCCGGUGGUGUGGGGCCCAUGACUGUGGCAGUGCUGAUGCAGAGCACAGUAGAGAGUGCGCAGCAUUUCCUGGAGAAAUUUAAGCCAGGAAACUGGAAGAUUCAAUAUAACAACCUGAACCUCAAGACACCUGUGCCAAGUGAUAUCGAUAUAUCAAGAUCUUGCAAACCGAAGCCCAUUGGUAACCUGGCUCGAGAAAUUGGGCUGCUCUCGGAAGAGGUGGAAUUAUAUGGUGAAACAAAAGCCAAAGUUCUGCUGUCAGCACUAGAGCGCCUAAGGCUCCAGCCUGAUGGGAAAUACGUGGUGGUGACUGGCAUAACUCCAACGCCUCUGGGAGAAGGGAAAAGCACAACCACAAUUGGUCUGGUGCAAGCACUGGGUGCCCACCUGCAUCACAAUGUGUUUGCAUGUGUGCGGCAGCCUUCUCAGGGCCCCACCUUUGGAAUAAAAGGUGGUGCUGCAGGUGGUGGCUACUCCCAGGUCAUUCCCAUGGAAGAGUUUAAUCUCCACCUCACUGGUGACAUCCAUGCCAUCACCGCAGCUAAUAACCUUGUUGCUGCUGCCAUCGAUGCUCGGAUAUUUCAUGAACUGACCCAGACAGACAAGGCUCUCUUUAAUCAUUUGGUGCCAUCAGUAAAUGGAAUAAGAAAGUUCUCUGAUAGCCAAAUCCGAAGGUUACGG